AGAAAAGGGCAACCUUAGUUAUUUGAGAAGCGAUUUCUAAAUUCAAGGGGACCCCGUCAAUUUCACUACUCAGUGUCAAAAGUGAAAAAUAUUACUUUGUAAUGGUAGUACUAACUUUCAUUAUGGUAUUGGAUAAUUCUAAGAAUGAAUAUGCCAGUAUCAACCAUUGUAAUCUACCGCUUACAGGUCAAUGACCUCCCAUGUCUAUCAGGUUUUUGUUUCACUUCGCGCAUUGAGAAAAAAUGCCAGAAGCCCCCUUGCUUUGCUUCUCAACAGAAUUUGUUUCUUCCAAAUCUCACAUGCUGCUUUCCUUUUAUUUGUUUUUAUAGUUAAUAAGAAUGGCUGCUAUUGUUUCCGAAGUAAGAAGCAAUAUUGUUCAGUAUCCUGAUUGUUGAUGAAACUGAAAAGCUUCUUUGUGUUACAUGAGACAGUAAGCUUGGUAUGACGUAUGGCGAAAUUGCUGUCAGGAUGUAGACCUCUGUAAAAUGGCAGCCGACCAAUCAGAAGAUGCAAAAUGGAAGGAAGCAGCCAAAUGUGAACAAUUUCAAAACGCCGAAAACUUUAAUAAAAUGGAUAUUUGCAAUCUUGAAAUCUUGAAAACUAGAUUAGCAAUAUGUCUCUUCGGGCUACCUGAGAAUUUGGAAGACAAAUGUAGCGAAUGGGACAAUUUGUCAUACAAGCUAUACAGCAAAAAGAACCAAAACGUGAUUGAAAAGUUAUCCGAGAGUAUAUUACAUCAUCAGAAGAGUUCCAAAAAAGAUAAAAUUUAUUUAAGUUUUGUGGUAGUUUUCGGUAGAAAAAAAAAAGGAACUGAGAAAAAUUUUAUGGACUGGGUGUUCAAAGUCCCUGGAAAAGAUGGGACUAACAAAAUAUUCAUUGAUAGAAACGGCAGGGUGUAUCAAAAUUGGCAAGAUUAUUUAACAAACAAUACUCUUCCCAAAGCAACAAUUUGUUACCCUGUCGACGGCAAAUAUCCAGAAAAGGGCGCUCCACAUGUGGAUUAUGCUGAUACACCAUCAUGUAGUGUUGCCAAGGACGUACUCUUCGGGUUUGAUGUAGCAACAUCUGUUACAACAUUAGUGGGGUGUGGGCUGAGCACAGCAGCUCUUUUUGUACCCAUUGCUGCUCCUAUUGUAUGGACGGCUUUCGCGGUUACUGCCGCUUCAGGAGCCUACGGUGCAGGAAGAAGUAUUGAAACCCUUGUUGACAGGGGUAGACAUGAAGAAACAUUGAACCCGCUCAAUUCUAAUGCACGGUCCGCAUGGCUUGGUGCCACUGUGCCGUUCUUUGGAAUAGCUGCAGGAACAGCAACUGCAAUAGCUGCCACUGCUCGAUUUGCAAAUUUGGGAGUGCAAAUUUCUCAAGCAGGGAGAGUGGCAAUUAAUGUCACCAAUGGUGUCAAUUGUGUAGCUCAUGGCGUAUGUUUUGCUAAUGAUGUAUAUAAUAUUAUUGAAACAUCAAUCAAUGGCGAUCAAGUUUCUCUGAUUCAGAUAUUUCAAUGUGUUGCCUCACUUCUUUUAUUUACAAAUGCUGUAGUAAGCACUUAUCAAGCAAGACUAAUUUUGCAGUCUUUAAGUUCCAAAGAGACUGCUGGAGGAAUAGAAAAUCUGUAUGCUAAGAUUUCACAGUCAAAAAUGACAGAAAAUGGCGUUUUAGUGCGUCCUACAAACAUCCUGACACAUGGUACUGUUUCAGGUUUUAUUUCUAUAGCAAUUCCUUGGGGUGGAAUGAUGCUGAAAAUUCCUUCUGAUAUGUGUCAAUCUAUAGAAAAAAUAUUCCAGUUUUUGUUAGCUAAUCGAAAUGCAGAGUUUACAAUAAUUGUUAGUGGUCUAUUACCAUUACUAAAAGCAUUGUGGGAAAAGUUACAGCAGCAGUCUAAGAAACAUGCGUAUGAACGUGAAUGGUUAUCAGACUUGUCUGGCUUAUGCAAUACAUCUAAAACUGCUUUUAAAAGAACAGAAACAGUGAAAGAAGAAACUGAAAAAAUUACUAUUGUAAACAUGAAUUUUAGUGGAGAAAGAGAACAAUUUCAAGAAAUAAUUCAAGAAAUGCUUGAAAAGGAAGAUAUAUCAGAAUUAGAAGUGUUACAGUAUUCUCAACUUCUCUUUCAGAGGCUUAAAGAAGAAACAGAAGAAAAAGAAAAAGAGUUUCAAACUAUGUUAAAAAAAAGUAAAAUGGAUGAGAAAGAAUUGGAAAAAAUAUUUGGAGUAACAGGUGAAAGGGCUCAACAUUUUGCAAAUGUGAUAAUGAAAUCUUAUAGAGAUUUAAAGAUAAUAGCACUAAAACAGGAUUGCCGGAGACUGAUCGAGAAAAAAGGAAUACAGAUACCCUUGUAUUCUUCUUGUGGGUCUUCCGUCAGUAUACUUUAUUUUCAUAGUAUUCAGAAGCAUGGUUCGAGAGAAGAAAAGUACCUUAAAAUUCUUGAGAAAGCAGGUAUUAAAACUACAUCCAAAAUACAAUUCCCUUCUGAGAAUUCCUAUUUUAUUGAAUUGAAAGAUCCCACGUCAGAAUACAAAAUGGCUGGGGUUGUGAAUUUUGAAAAAAGGGAUUUUGAUAUGAUGGGUAUUAUAAUACUGGUGAAAAAAUCUUAAAACACCCUUUAGAUGAGAUCUUUCAUAUGGAAUCUUAAAGGUACUGAUUUUACUGUAGCUACAACUAAUUCAAAUCAAAUACGUAUAUUCUGUUUUUAAUAUUUUAGUACUUUAUAUUUCUAGUAGACUUAUUGUAUUUACGAAUUUCAUCAUAUAAUUUAAAAAAAUAUCAAAUCUUUAUAUCCUGAAACAUAGCUGUCACAAUGUAGUUCUGAAUAUAGUUAGAAAGUAUACUAAUUGUAGUGUAUUUUAUUAAUUGCUUAAGAUGAAAUUGCAAGCUCAUAGAAAUGACAGUACCUUCACAUAUGUUUUAACAAAAUGAGAACUUGAAAUUAGUGAAGCUUAAUUUAAAUGGAUUCACACAAGCAGAAGUACAGAAAAAACUUUAUACCUUACAUUUUUUUGUUUAUCACAACUUGUAAUUGGAAUUCGGACUCUAAUCUCAAUAAGUUCAAAUAUACAAAUGUGAUUCUGCUUUUAGUCUCAAGUGCAAGAAUUUGAGGUUCUGUUGAAUUGGUAAUUAAUAUUUGUUGUGCAUACAAGUGUUUGCCACGACUUACUAAUAUUAAUUAUUCAUGAUUGUUUAUAGAAAAAAGUAGAUUUUUUGAAGAAUGAAUAAAGAUGAGAUGCAUAAUGGUUGCUUUUCAAUUUCAAGUAUUAGCCUAAUAUUUACUGUUUUUACAAAUUUUAUUGUUACUCUCAGUGAAAUAAGAAAAGAAGACAGUGUUUUAUUUUAUAUAUUUGUAAGCAAGUCUCUUUCUUGUGAUAAUAAGGGAACAGAAUUUAUUGUAAUAAAAUGCAAAAUAAAUACAUAUCUGUGGCUUGGUGCAAGAACAAAUGUGACAUUUGCCCUUCUUGCAGCAAGCUACAGAUAUGUAUUUUUACCAAAAUAUGUAAGAGAAAAUAGAAAAUAUAUUAAAAAUUUGAAAAGA